AUGAAUCGAGCAUAUAUCUUGUUGCUUUUAAUGGUGCAAUUAAUUGCUACCUUGUGCGUUAAUGAAAACAGCAUUAUCCGUGAUUACUUCGCGUUCAGGAAAGUGAGAAGAAUCGUUGGAUUCUCCUGCGACAAUGCGGAGAAUAACUUUAAGCUCGCGAGAACGUUCAGCGAUGUGUAUACCACGUAUAUUUCAAUGUUGAAUUGUUGCACGCCUGAGUCGCGAGAAUUGGAUGCGAGAAAGAUCUUAAGAGCAGAGUAUAAUUGGCUGGGCGUUUUUCUGGAUUCACGAUGCGAUCGUAGAGAAUACGCUAGAAUCCUCGUGGACGCAACUAGAUAUUCCAUGUACGACGAGAUGCACAAAUGGUUAAUUUUGGGCUCGAACUUAAGCCACGUAACAGAAAUAUUAAACGACAGCGCGUUCACUGUCUCUACCGACGUCAUAAUCGCUGUAUCAUCAGCGAACGAUUAUAUCCUGUACGAUGUCUAUAAUCCUUGCAAAGAUCGAGGAGGAUCGAUGAACGUAACGCACUUCGGGACGUGGAACAGUAAAACUGGAUUAAACGUUAGCAUGAGCCAAUCGAAAUUCGAGAGAAGAGCAAAUUUACACGGGAUGAAACUUAAAGUCGGGGUGGUUAUAUUCAAUACACGAAGAGGCUUGCAGAUGAAUUUCAAACCAGAGAACGUGUCGCUUCACGAGAUAAUGUUGCAACACAGCAUGAAGUCCAAAUACGGCCAAUCGAAAUUUUUAUACGUAUUGUUGCAACAUUUGUCGGACAUCUUCAAUUUCACCAUAGAAGUUGUGCAAAUAAAUGGGCAAAGAAGAUUCGAUAAUUCUGGCCCUAUAUUCGCGGCUUUUAAAAAGAGACUCGUAGACCUUUCAGCAAGCCCAUUCGCGAUGAAAGUCGACAGAUUGAACAACGGAGACAUAAUUGGCCCGGUCUGGCCAAUACGGUCGUGUUUUAUGUUUCGCACGAUUUCGUCGACGAGAAUCAAACCAGGCCAAUUUCUGAAACCCCUGUCCGUGAAAGUGUGGUACGUGAUACUGGCUAUGAUAGGGACCGUGACGACAGUUUUAAUCAUUUUUCUAAGAUUAGAAGGCAUUCGUACUCCUACGGAGAUGUGCGGCCUCUCCGUUUUACUCACAGUAGGAGCUUUGUCCCAACAAGGCUCUGCGUUCGUUCCAACUCGUUGUGCAAGUCGCAUAGCGUUCCUCCAAGCUUUAUUCUUCAGCUUGUUAAUCUUGAAUUAUUACUCGGCGAGUGUCGUGUCAAAUCGUUUGAAAAACAAGGGCGAGAAGAUGAACGAUUCACUGAUCAGUUUGGCCAAGAGCAAUAUGAAAAUUGCGGCAGAAUAUACACCUUAUAUUCGCUCCUUUCUUCAGGUAUCAGACAAGGAAGUGAGAUAUUUUUACGAUAAUUGUUGGACGAAAAUACCGGAGUCGGAUAGAUAUUUGCCACUAGAAGAGGGACUUAAUCGCGUGGCGGAGGGUCGUUUGGCUUAUCACACGAUGAUCGAUUCAGCUUAUCCGCAUAUCGAGCGUUCGUUCAAUCGUCGAAGUAUUUGCGAACUCACGGAGGUUCAUCUGUUCCGUGCUAUCCUCGCGUUUUACGCCAGGCAUCGCAGCCCUUUUACCGAACUGAUGAAAGUAGGUUUGACUAAAAUUCAAAACGUUGGCAUUCAGAAACGCGAGUUGAAGCGAUGGGCGGCUAGGAAACCAUUCUGCCCUAACAACCUACUUAUCGCCGAACCUCUAUCGAUUCACGAAGCUGCACCGAUCUUCAUAUUCUUGUGCAUAUCCGUCGCUCUAUCGAUCCUCAUUUGCAUCGUCGAGAAUAUCAUCUUCUUCAUCUUUCCAAUACGAAUUCCACGGUUCAUGACGGAGAAUAGGCGACUGAUCGAUAAGAAUUCAGACUUGCCAUCCUUGCGAAACGUGAAUCUACGGACUCUGAGAAAUUUCAAUUUCUUCAAUGAAUGGGGCAAGAAUAAUACAAUGUACGCGGUCUUGUUAAUUUUACUGCAAUUCGUUUUAAUUUCGAACGCGCAGGAUCACGUGUUCGUCCGAGAUUAUUUCGUGUACAAGAAGGUACGAAACGUUGUAGGAUUUUCUUGUGGCGAUACUAUAGGUAAGCUAACUCUUUCGUUUAUUAAGGAACUAUGUAAUAUAAAUUCUCAUAAGAACUCCAUGGUUUGGACAAAUAAUUGUUAUCGAGUGAAACUAACGUUUAUACGAUUCUAUAUAUAUGUGACGGUGCGAUACACAGGUGACUUCAAUCUUGUGAAAACAUUAAGCACCACCGGCAUAUUUACGAUAAUGAGAGAACCAAGCGUGAAAAUCGACUUCCGCAGGUUUAUGAGAAGCGAAACUUGGACAGUAGGUGUCGUGAUUGAUUUACGUUGUCAGAAUGAAACAGCUGUGCGAAUUUUUGCGGAGAGCUCAAAGUAUCGAAUGUACGAUUAUUCGUACAAUUGGUUGGUGCUUGGUUCGAAUUACAAUCAGAGUGUUCCGAUUUUGAACGAUACCGCUUACAAUAUAGUAACAGACGUUGCUCUUGCUAUAUCGAACAGAAAUGGCUACGAUCUGUACGAUGUUUUCAAUCACUGUAAAUAUCGUGGUGGGUCGCUGAACAUUACUCAACUUGGUACUUGGUAUCCUGAAUCUGGAUUGAAGAUCCUCUUAACACAACCGUUAAUCAACAGGAGGGCUAACAUGCAUGGAAUGAGAUUGAAAAUAUCUGGCGUGAUUCAAUAUAGGCCAAAGGAUAUGCGUCUCGAGGAUUACAUGCAGGACAUAAAUACGAGAUCCUUAGACAGUAUGCAUAAAUUUGUACACGCUAUGAUCUUGCAUAUAGGAGAUCUUUUUAAUUUCAGCGUCCAUGCUUCGGAAAUAAUUUAUUGGGACAGGCACAGUGUACACGGUUUGAUCUUCGAAUUCUUACGUUCGAAUUACAUCGACUUCGCUAGUAAUCCAAGGAUCAUGGUGUCCGAAAGGUUGGAUUACGCAACUCUCAUCGGCGCAGCAUGGCCAAUUAGACCCUGUUUCAUGCUGCUAUCAACUUCAACAAACAAGAUCAAAUUAGAAAUCUUCCUAAAACCAUUUACACGACAAACAUGGUAUGUAUUUGCUGCUUUCGGAUUGUUUUCGAUAUUCGUCAUGAAAAUAAUAAUGAAUCGCGAGGAUAUUGGCAAGAGGGAAAAAUAUUCGGGAGCAGUGGUGUUGUCGGUAGGGAUUUUGUCACAACAAGGUGCGAAUUUUUUGCCGAAGCGACUGCCAAGCCGUAUAGCGUUAUUCCAAAUAACAAUACACAGCUGGAUAAUGUAUAAUUAUUAUUCUGCCAGUAUUGUUUCGGCUCGAUUGAGCGAACCCCUAGAUAUGAUGGAAGAUUCCGUAACUGUUCUUGCUGAUAGUAAUAUAAGGAUUGCUGCCGAAGCUGUACCGUAUCUGAACUAUUUUUUAUACAGAUUGAACUGGGAGUCGGAUUACUUUCGCAAGAAACGCUGGGACCCUCUGCCAGAAUCGAAAAGAUAUCUCUCGAUAGAAGAGGGUAUCAAACAAGUCGGUCAAGGAAUUUUAGCGUAUCAUACAGAUCCCAAUACAGCCUAUCCCUAUGUCGAGAGAAUGUUCGACUCGAAUAAAAUCUGCGUAUUGACGGAGAUUCAUUUGUUCAAACAAUCAGUGAUGGGAAUGUACGCCAGUCAUAAUGGACAGUUCAUUGAAAUAGCAAAAAUCGGAUUGAUAAAGAUGUUUAAUACGGGACUUCGUAAUCGGCAAAUCAAACGUUGGUCGUCGAGGAAGCCACAGUGUCAACCCGAUACUUUGUCCACGAGAAGUAUCACGAUCUAUGAAACUGCGCCAGCUCUGAUUUUAUUAGCAUUCGGCAUACUUGUAGCUGUAAUCAUUUGCAUAGUGGAAAAUAUUGUUUACAAUCGUUCGAUGAAGUAAGUGAUUUCAUUUGGUAUAUGAUUAUAAAUAGAGAAAUAGAAAAACUUACGUGUAUUUUUAUAGGAGAAAAGAAGAGAGUCGAAGGAAGAAGAGCGGGACAAAAGGAGGCUUCAGCAGUGGCAACAGCAGAGAUAAUUUAUUAGAUAUAAAUCCAUAA